AUGAUGAAGCUAGUAGCAACUCUUCUCUGCUUGGUAGCAGUCGCACAGGCCAACCUCACCAGUAAACAGAAGGCAAAGUUACACUCCACGUUUGUGAACUGCACGAUCAGCAUGCACAUCCCCGAGGACACCGUCCACUACGAAGAGCACAGCAUUUCCGGCGAUCUGGCCCUCAAGGAUCCACUGUUUAAGCGGGCUAUCCUGUGUGUGACGCGGGAAAUGAAGGUCGCAAACGAGACCGGAGACAUUGACCUUCCUCGGAUGAGGGAGUACCUGCGGGAUGGACACGAUGAGAAGACCAUGGAGGAAAUGCUGAAAAUCUGCGCUAAGACUGCGGCGGGUGCGGCGGGUGCGGCCCCGGAGGAUAAAAUCUACCAGUUUUACCGGUGUUAUUGGACACAGAAUAAGUUUUUGUUGUAAAAAACAUUUAAAAAA